CAAGGGCGGUCAACGUGCUGACAAAUGCGACGACGAAAAUCCGUGAAUUAGCCAGAAACGACUUCCGUUUUCGAGCGACGACCGCUAGCCUCGGUAGCUAACUUUAGCCUCGGUAGCUUAACGAACACGGAUGCUAGCGGAUAUUUAACAUUUAACGCCUGUCUAUGUCAGACCUCUGACUGGCAUAUCACGAAGAACCUGAGGGGAGAAGAGGCCGGCGGUUCAGAACCAUGGAGGCUCGCUUUGGUAAUAUUGUGUUCAGCUCCAAGUUCGACUCAGGGAACCUGGCACGCGUGGAGAAGGUGGAGAAGGGCAGCUCCAGCCCUGCGACCGAUGUAGCUCCCAGUGGGACUGGCCUCUCUGGGUCGAGCCUGAGCCCUGACUAUGAGUUCAACGUGUGGACGCAGCCAGACUGCGGCGGCACAGAACACGAGAAUGGCAACAGAUCGUGGUUUUACUUCAGUGUACGAGGUGCAGCGCCUGGGAAGUUACUGAAGAUCAAUGUGAUGAACAUGAAUAACCAGAGGAAGCUCUACAGCCAGGGCAUGGCUCCUCUCGUACGCACUUUACCUGGCAAGAACCGGUGGGAAAGGAUCCGUGACAGACCCACAUCUGAGAUUGUAGAUAACCAGUUCAUCCUCUCAUUCACUCACCGGCUGCUGGAGGUGCGAGGGGCCACCACCUACUUCUCCUUCUGCUACCCGUUCUCUUACACUGAGUGCCAGGAGAUGCUGCAGCAAUUGGACAAGAAUUUCCCCAAUGCCGCUCAGCUCAGUCCGAGCAGUGCACUGGAUAGCGUGUAUUAUCACAGGGAGUUGUUGUGCAACUCUCUAGAUGGCAACAGGGUGGACCUGCUCACUGUGACCAACUGCAGCGGGAUGCAAGAGGAGAGGGAACCACGUCUGCCGAAGCUGUUUCCUGACACAAACACUCCAAGAGCACACCGCUUCCCUGGCAAAAGGGUGUUUUUCCUCAGCAGCCGAGUGCACCCCGGGGAGACUCCCUCAUCAUUCGUGUUUAAUGGUUUCCUCAACUUCAUCCUAAGAAGAGACGACCCUCGUGCUCACGCGCUUCGAAACAUGUUUGUCUUCAAGCUCAUUCCGAUGCUCAACCCAGACGGGGUUGUUCGGGGGCACUACAGGACUGAUUCCAGGGGUGUGAACCUGAACAGACAAUACCUAAACCCCAGCCCUGAGCUGCACCCUUCCAUCUAUGGCGCCAAAACACUGUUGCUUUACCACCACACACACAACCGCCUGCACAAUCCUCAGUCCAGCACACACUGUAACAGCUCCUCACACACACAGACCACUCCCCUUAACACCAAACCCACCAAUCAGCAUCCAUCUCCCCCAUUCACUGCCCUUGAAGUCAGUCUGAACCAACGAAAUGCAGAGAAGGACACAAAUCCAGAAGUGCCAGAUGUUCCCAUGGUGACGGAGGAAAAUGUCUGGGUCAGCCCAGAGACGGGGAAGGGGGAACAGAACAGAUCAUCCAGCUCCUCAGAGAGCGUAGCUCCUGUUACUGUAGAAGUAACUCUACCUCAGGUGGAGGAACAGGAACAGGAAUCAAUUCCACCACAAGAGGGAGGUGUGGCAUAUUAUGUGGACUUACAUGGCCACGCCUCCAAACGGGGCUGCUUCAUGUAUGGAAAUAACCUUCCUGAUGAGAGCCAGCAGGUAGAGAACAUGCUGUAUCCGAGGCUUAUCGCUGUGAACUCUGCCCACUUUGAUUUCCUGGGCUGCAACUUCUCGGAGAAGAACAUGUACGCACGAGACAAAAGAGAUGGCCAGUCUAAAGAAGGCAGCGGGCGGGUGGCCAUUCACAAGGCCAUCGGGCUGCUUCACAGCUACACCUUGGAGUGCAACUACAACACAGGAAAAACCAUGAACACUAUCCCACCUGCUUGCCAUGACAAUGGACGGGCAACCCCACCACCACCUCCAUCGUUCCCUCCGAAAUACACUCCAGAAAUAUUUGAACAGGUUGGGCGUGCUGUGGCUGUCUCAGCCCUGGAUAUGGCCGAGUGUAACCCCUGGCCUCGGCUCGUGCUGUCUGAGCACAGCUGCCUGACCAACCUUCGAGCUUGGAUCCUCAAGCAUGUCCGCAACACCAAAGGCCUGAACUCACACAUCAACGCUCAUCCUCCGUUAAGAAUACACCACAAUGGCAGCAAGGCUUCACCACCGAAGAGCUUCAAUAGCUCUCUGUCCGGUUCAGCGUCGGAGAACACCCUCAGUCGUAUUCGCUGCAACAGCCACAGCAGCAGCAGCCAGACACCUUCCCCAAAGAUGCACAACUCCCCUAGCUUUACUUUCGGCUGCCCCCCGUCCAGAACUCACGCACAGAACAACAGCACGCACGCCGGAGGACGUGGAGGCAACAAGACACUCGGACCAGUCAGAGACCCUAAGCCUCAGGAGAAGAGACGCCCCCCCCACCACCGCUCCAUCCUACGGUCUCCCAGCAACAGUCACGCACCCUCCCGUCCCCCACUCUCACCCCCUUCCUCCUCUUCGUCUUCGUCUUCCUCAGUGUGUGCGGCAGGGACCUGUCCCCUCCCGGCCUCCGUCAGUAUGACAGGCCUCAGCUGUCCAGACUUUCAGGCUUGUGGAUCCACUUCAGCGAGUUGGUCCAAAGCGCCCUUCCCCAUGCGUUCUGGUCGUGUGGGGAGAGGGUGCCGAGCUCUUUCAAUCACUCACCACCCCGCAGAGGCACGCUCAGAGGCUGCUAAAGACUCGGGGCCUGAACACAUCCUCUCUUCCAUCAAAUUUAGCAAGUGUGAGCUGCAGCCUCAUACGAGCCGCAUCCCCAUCCGGAAGACGGGGUCGACUGAAACCCCUCCCGCACAUGACAGUAAAACACCCCCCACCAGCAUUAGCCCCGUCUCGCCCGGAGAUAAAGACGAGUCAGCUACCAUGAAGGUCUGGAAGCUGAUUAGACCCGGCCUCCAUCGACAUCUGUCACUGUCAGGUGUAUCUGCGAAAGAAGGCGCACUUCAGUUGGCCUCUAAAGCACUAAUGAAGAAGAGCACAGACAGGAGUCUCCACUACACCGGAAGCACGAUUAUAGAAACCGCACUUGAGUCGAAUGAAUCUAUGAAACAGGUUGAGGAAGCUCCGGUCAUGCCUCUGCCUGAGACAGUGACUCUGUGUGAGACAGUGACCCUGUGUGGAGAAGCUUAGGAACUACAAGGAAGCGGAGGUUUUUCUGUCUAUACUCUAUGUUUUGUAUUUGCUUACUGUGAGUGUAAAUCAUCAUAUUGUGAUCAGAAGCAUUCAAAACUAGGAAACAUGUGGGGGCAUCAUCACCACAGGAGGAUUAUUAGGGAUAUCUUAACGUGCAAUACAACAUUUUUAAUAUUAUUUAUUGGAACUGUGCAGAAGAUGCAUGGUGGUUUCAACCAGUACUGUUCAGCAUAGUCACAUCUACUGUGCGAGCUGUCCAGAGCAACUACGGACAGCUUGAGGUGGGUGAGGGUUAAGUGCCUUGCUCGAUGAAACCACGGCAGUGGCUGAGGUAAGGGAGACAUACAAACUUAAACAGACUUGAAAAUAUCUGUCAACAUUUCAUCUACUAUCAUCAAAACUCACAUAUCUGAUUUUGUCAUUUUAAUCCUAUUCUGAAAAACAUGUUUAAUGCAUUCUGACCAACACUGUUACACUCUGAUAAGUAUUUUCACAGUCAGCCUCUCACAGCAAAGGGUGAUUUUCACACGGACUGACAAGCACAGCAGCACCUUUAGAUCCUUGAUAUUUCCAGUUUGAGUUUAGACACAAAUGUUUGAGUAAAGUCUGUAUUUAAUGUGAUUAUUCCAGAUACUUUGCAUAUAGUGACUAUAAAAAGUAUCCGUCCACCUUUGGACUUUUGUAUUUGACACUGAUCAGCAGAGAGAAUUAAAUGUAAGACCGCACUGAGUAUUCAAACCCUUUAUUAAAAGUCACUGCUCAAAAAAAACA